GUCUCUGUGUACGCCUAUUACUUCGAGAAGGACGUCAACCUUGAGCAUGUCUGUGGCGUAGGCGCUGGCCAUAGGCACGACUGGGAGCAUGUUGUGGUUUGGGUCCAGAAUGACGAGGCCAAGUAUGUCGCAACAUCUGCUCAUGGCAAGUACCAUGUCUACCCUGCGGAAGACGUCCGGUGGGAAGAUACUCAUCCUAAGGUGGUCUAUCACCGGGAAGGAGCUCAAACCCACUCACUCCGCUUCGCUUCUGAGGGCGAUGAUAAUAUCGAAAACCACAAAGGCGUUUGGUUCUACAGCUAUCUGGUCAGCUACUUUGGCUUUCCUUCAGCUGAGCUCAGACACUCUAUGUUAUACAAUGACUGGGGUUCGGCCACGAUCGACUUCUAUGAUGGAAGGUUUGCAACCGCGCUCGAAGAUGCCAAGGGCGGUAAGGAUAUCCCCUUGGACACAUCCGUCGAUAACGCCUCGUCCCCAGGCGACCCUAUUGGUUGCUAA